AUGGUUCACACCACUCCCAAGUUCGUUAAGGAUACAUCAAAAUUCUGGUACAAACCCAACAUUACACGAGAGGAAGCUAUUGUGUUAUUAAAAGACAAAUCACCAGGAACCUUUGUUAUUCGUGACAGUAAUUCUUUCCCAGGAGCCUUUGGUUUGGCUCUUAAAGUUGCUACCUUACCACCCAAUGUUCAAAUCAAACCCUCAGGGGACCCUCAAGCAGAUCUUGUCCGUCAUUUCUUGAUUGAGCCCACACCUAAAGGAGUACGUCUUCGGGGCUGUAGCAAUGAGCCAGUUUUUGGUAAUUUAGCUGCAUUAGUCUACCAGCAUUCGAUGACCCCGCUAGCCUUGCCGUGUAAAUUGGCGCUGCCCGACCCAGUUUUCUCGUCGGAGAGUUCAAGGACAAUGGAGAUGCCGAGCUCUGCAUCUUCUCUUUUACAUCAAGGAGCUGCCUGUAAUGUUAUUUACAUCAACACAGUGGAUACAGAAUCUCUGACUGGACCCCAGGCAGUGUCCAAGGCUAUAAAAAUGACAAUGGAUAAUCCCCCCAACCAUAAAACAACUGUGGUACAUUUUAAAGUAUCUAAUCAGGGCAUCACAUUGACUGACAACCAGAGAAAGUUAUUCUUCCGUCGUCAUUACCCUGUAACAGCCGUGACGUAUUGUGGUAUGGAUCCAGAUGAUAGAAAAAUUUUUGGUUUUGUGGCCCGAAAACAAGGAGGGAUAUCAGACAACUCUUGUCAUUUGUUUGCUGAACUGGAUCCUGAGCAACCUGCGUCUGCCAUCGUCAACUUUGUUACAAAGGUUAUGAUAGGUCAAAGCAAGCCCAAAUCUUAG